CCUCCCGGUCCGUCCCGGUCCGUCCCGGUCCCUCCCGGUCCCUCCCGUCCCUCCCGUCCCUCCCGCCGCCGCCAUGGGUCUCACGGUCUCCGCCAUCUUCUCCCGCAUCUUCGGCAAGAAGCAGAUGCGAAUCCUGAUGGUGGGGCUGGACGCUGCCGGCAAGACCACCAUCCUCUACAAGCUGAAGCUGGGUGAGAUCGUCACCACCAUCCCCACCAUCGGGUUCAACGUGGAGACCGUGGAGUACAAGAACAUCUGCUUCACCGUGUGGGACGUGGGUGGCCAGGACAAGAUCCGGCCCCUCUGGAGACACUACUUCCAGAACACACAGGGUCUCAUCUUCGUGGUGGACAGCAACGACCGGGAGCGAGUGCAGGAAUCAGCUGAGGAGCUGCAGAAGAUGCUGCAGGAGGACGAGCUGCGUGACGCUGUCCUGCUGGUGUUCGCCAACAAGCAGGACAUGCCCAACGCCAUGGCCGUCAGCGAGCUGACCGACCGGCUGGGGCUGCAGGCGCUGCGCAGCAGGACCUGGUACGUGCAGGCAACGUGUGCCACCCAGGGCACGGGGCUCUACGAUGGGCUGGACUGGUUGUCCCACGAGCUCUCCAAGCGUUAGCGGGGCCGGACGAGCCGGGAACGUCUCCUCCCAGUUGGGUUCUCCCGGUUUUCCCGCGGGGGGAGGCGUCCGUGCCUCCCUGCCCCGAGCGGCCUCCUCUCCAGGUGUUCAUCUGGCAGGACUUGAACCUCAAGGACUCUUUGGGCAGCUCCGUCCCCUGGUCUCCUGCCUCGGCCCCCAGCGCUGCGUGCUGGCCGCCCUUCCCCACCUGCAUGUGUCGUGGAUGUCCCCAAGUGUCCCCCACUCCUGGCCUGGAGCUGGUGCUGGGGGCUGAGGGGGGCUGGGAAGGGACAGGAAGGAUCCUCCUUUUUCUCCUUCCCUAAACUUGCUGGUUUCCCCCCCCCCCCCCCCUCUCUCUCCGGGAGGGCCCGUGUGGCUGCGUAACCUGCUGUUGUACCUCUGGUCAUUAAAUGCCACCACUUUGUACCCUC